UUUAAAUGUCACGCGAGGCUGUGACGUCAGACGGCCCUUGAGGCGCAUGGCUAUUGACCGGGUAGCGGUGCCGGGUGUCAUGGAGCUUCCGCUGCUGAACGACUUGUAUCAGUUCACCAUGGCGUACGGCUACUGGAGGAGCGGGCGGCACCGGGAGGCCGCGGAGUUCGAGCUCUUCUUCCGGGAGGCCCCGUUCAACGGCGGCUUCACCCUGUUCUGUGGUCUGGAGGAGACGGUGCGGUUCUUGCGGGACUUUCGCUUCUCCUCGGAGGAUCUCCAGUACCUGGCAUCCGUCCUGCCGCCCUCUGUUGAUCGCCGCUUCUUUGACUACCUGGAGACUGUCGAUGCCUCAGAGGUGACGCUGGCGGCUUUCCCAGAAGGAUCCAUCGUCUUUCCCAGAGAGCCGCUGAUGAAGGUUUGGGGGCCCCUCCUGGUGGUUCAGCUUCUGGAGACAACUCUGCUCUGCUUAGUGAAUUACGCCAGCCUGGUCGCCACAAAUGCCGCUCGUUUCCGCCUUGCGGCCGGUCCGGACAAGAAACUGCUGGAGAUGGGUCUGAGGCGGGCGCAAGGGCCUGACGGGGGGCUGUCCGCCUCCAAAUAUUGUUAUAUAGGGGGCUUUGACUGCACCAGUAACGUGCUGGCAGGCAGGCGGUUUGGCAUCCCAGUGGCGGGCACCGUGGCUCACUCCUACGUGGCAUCGUUUACCUGCACAGAUGAACUCCAGGACCAGGCUCUGCAGCCUGCCAGCGGUCGGGGAGGGAGCGCCGACUUCCUGGCACUGUCACAAUCCUGGCUGGGGAAGGUUUGCCACCUGCUGCAGAUCCCUCCGCAGGGCACAAAUCCCGGGGAGCUGGCGGCCUUCGUGUCCUACGCCAUCGCCUUCCCCCUAAACUUCCUGGUAGUGGUGGAUACCUAUAGUGUGAUGAUGAGCGGGAUCCCCAAUUUCUGCGCGGUUGCCCUGGCCUUGCAGGAGCUGGGGUACGCAGCAGUUGGGGUGCGGCUGGACAGUGGAGACCUGGCCAGACAGUCUGUGGAGAUCAGGAGGGUUUUCAAGCUGUGCGCUGAAAGGUUUGAGGCUCCGUGUUUCGGGACUUUGUCUAUCACUGUCAGUAACAACAUCAGUGAGAAGAGUCUGAAGCUCCUGACCCGAGAGGAGAAUGAGAUUGAUGCGAUCGGUGUUGGCACCCACCUGGUCACCUGCACCCUGCAGCCAUCUCUGGGCUGUGUCUAUAAGUUGGUGCAGGUGAACAACCAACCACGAAUAAAGAUCAGUGAAGAUCACGAGAAGACCACGAUACCGGGGAGCAAAGCCGUGUACAGACUGUACAACUGCUCCGACCACCCACUACUGGACCUCAUGACACUGGAGGAUGAGGCUCCACCAGAACUGGGAAAGCAGGUGAAAGUGUACAAAUUAGGCAGAAACGCAGAAAAUGAGUGUGUGACUCUGACCCGAGUGGAAUCCCUGCAUCGCACCUACUUCCAGCGGGGACAGGUGACGCAGCCUCUUCCAACAAUCUCUGAAAUCAGGUCUUAUGCCCAGAGGUCCCUCACCAGCCUCAGCCCCGAACAUCGGCAGCUGGACGACCCUCAGCCGUACCGGGUUGCAGUGACCGAGCAGCUGCACGGCCUCUUCUCUACCCUGCGGGGGAGCAGCCGCCAUUUGCAGUGACUAUAGAAGACAUGGGGUCCUUCAGGUGAUGAAACGUUACAGACGGCUGCGCAGUAAUGAGCCAUCUGUAAUCGCUACAGAACGGGACCUGCGCCCGAUGUGCAUUAUCUACUUUUCAAAAAAAGCUGGAUGACUACUACUCCCAUUCUGCUGUUACAUGCCUCAGUGAGGCCUUCGCACCAAGAAAACCUGCUCGAAGUAGAAUUCCCC